AUUGUUGAUCUCGGAGGCGAUCGCGUGUUUACGUUCUGCUGUUGAGCUGGGUUCGACGUGAUGCGUUGAGUUCAUCAUGUUUUUAGGACGAUGUUUAGCUCUACGACUGCACUCUUUUACCACCCAUGCCGUGAGGACAGUAGGCGUAUACGCUGUGCAGUCAACAUUAGUACCUAGAGCUAAUGCAGUCGCAUUUUACGAGAGUCACUGCGAGUAGCCGUGUGCUCGUGCGCCGAUACUGCCAAGAUUCUGCAAAGCCUGAAAAACAGAAAGUUGAAUUCGUCCUGCUGAUAAACACCGAUGACAAGGUUCUCGGGACCAAAACAAAGGACGAAGCGGUCUUGUUUGCCAAGAAACACGACUAUCACUUGGUCAAACUCGAGGAUGACAAACAUGCCGAGGCCAAGAAGAGGAAAAUAUACAAGGUCAUGACGUCACAACAAAUGAUUGAAUAUGAAGAAAAGCUAGCAAAGGCCACUGCAAGAAACAGUGCUACAGGCGCAGCGAAGCAGCGGACUGUUAAGAACGUGAUUGCAACCAGCAAGAUCACUGAAAAUGACCUGAACACUAAGCUCAAGAGCAUAGCGAAGUGGCUGGAGAAAAACUGUGAAAUACGCGUUGGCAUAACUGGGAGUCCAGAUUCAACGAAACAGUUGGAAGCCAUCUACACAAAGUUUGAGACCUUUCUGGCAGGGGAAGCAAGGUUUCUACAGAAGAGGAUUAACAAUGGAGUUCUCAAAUUUGUAAUCAUACCUCCUUCAGAAAAGAAGAGCUCACAAAAGCCCGACUUAUCUGAAAAAGAAGCACAAGAAAAGUGACUGUGCGUUCUAAAGUUUUUUUGUUUUUUUUUCACGAGUGUAAUAUAUUACUGUGCAACGACACUGCAACAUUAGAGGCAGAGUAAAAGGUCGAAACAUUCUAAGGUGUGGCGUUUACUGCAAGGAAAUGAACCCUCUUACUUACAUUAAUGUGGUUGCAGUUUAGUCCUGCAUGUUGCACUAAUAAACCAGGUUUCAACUUCCUUAAAGAA